CAAAAUGAUUUGGGCGACCGUGGACCAACAGGCCUCUGUACAGACGAAACAUAAGUGUAAUUAUGUACUGAAUUGUUAAUAUAAAGUCAAAGAAUUCGUCGUAGAUUUCGUAGUUUUUAUUGUUGUUGAAACAAACUAGUUAAGAUCAAGGAAACAGGAUUGUCGUUGCUUCGGAUAAACUUCCGACCAUAAGGUCUAAUACUGUCAAGUUUCGAUUUGUGAGGGCUUAUUGAUAACAUGCAAGUGAUCAAAUGGACGCAGAAAACGUACGUAAAACGGUGCAAGAAGAACGUUCUGAAAUUGAAUAAGGUACGCGGCCAAGGCUACGAACCUUCAACCAAUUUUAUCGAAAAGCAAGAAGACAAGAAGCAAUUCCAUGGCAAGGAGUGGGGCUCCCCUGAUUGUAGCAGCUAUUGACUUUGGAACGACGUUUUCCGGAUGGGCUUGUUCAUUCAGAUCCCAAUUCGAGAGUGAUCCUAGCAAUGUUUUUGUUAGACCAUGGAAUGGAUUUCUAUUCAUAUCUUCGAAAGCUCCUACGUGUGUAUUAAUAAAACCCGACGGUAAAACCCCCGAUGCUUUUGGUUUCGAUGCAGAGUAUAGAUACGCCGAACUGAGUGAAAACGAUAGCCACAAACAAUGGUACUUCUUUCAAAGAUUCAAGCUGAUGCUAUUGAACAAGCCGAUACACCAAGACACGAUGUUGGUUGACCAAUGUGGUAAACCACUUCCUGCGCUUAGAGUGUUGUCAUUGGCGAUCAGAUACAUGGUAAACGACUUACGUCAAUGGAUGGAUGUUAAUACACAAGUAAGUGGUUUCAAUCUAAAAGACGACAUCCAUUGGGUGCUGACUGUACCUGCGAUAUGGAAUGAUGCAGCGAAAGAUUUCAUGAGCCUUGCUGCUCAAGAGGCAGGGCUAUUAAUGACGCAGAUCACUAUUGUGUUAGAGCCAGUGGCAGCGUCUUUAUUCUGUAUAGAGGAUCGUGAACAAAAAGAGAGAUUCGAAUUUUUACCUGGACACAAAUUCCUGGUCCUCGAUGCAGGUGGUACAGAUGAUAUCGCGGUAUACGAGGUUUGUUUUGGUAGAAAACUUAAAGAAGUCUACAAAGCCACUGGUGGAUUCUGUGGAGGGGCAAUGGUGAAUAAAGCUUUCGAAGAAUUCCUUCAAGAAUGUACAGGAAGGGAAGCAUUUGAGCGUUUUAAGAAGGAGAACAUGGAAGAUUUCGCGGAUUUGAUGCGUCGUUUCGAGUUAAUUAAACGAAAUGUAGAUACAUCAUUCAGUGGAAAGAAAGCUUUAUUUAUGCCGAAGCCAUUAAUAGAACUUGUCGACGCUAUCAACGGGAUAUCCUUUCGAGAACUCAUCCAGGGUUCUAGAUACACGAGACACGCUGAUCUAGCAGCUGGGCAAAAACUUCUUUUGGACGCCAGCAUUGUUCAUUCAUUCUUUAAACAAUCAAUAGACAGUAUACAUAUUUUGCUGGCCGCUGCAUUGCGACAGUCUGCCACCUUAGGUGUUGACACGAUUAUUAUGGUGGGAGGCUACGCGGAGUCGCCUAUUCUCCAGGAAGCAAUCAAGACGAAAUUCCCAGGAAUGAAAGUCAUCGUUUCAUCUGAAGCCGGUUGUGCUGUCCUGAAAGGAGCUGUCAUAUUUGGACACCGUCCGAUUGAGGUCUCAUCUCUUAAGCAGGAUUCGCCGACGGCCUUUGCUAGUGAUUUCCAGGCAUCGUGGUCAAAGGAUUUAGGUAAACGUGGCGACCAACAGACACGUGAACCACAGCGACCCUCCUGGUCUACAAUGCCUUCAAAUUGGGAACCGAUGAAACCAGAUGAAAUUUUCAGACAAGUUUGCCUUCCAAACACUGGAGACGAGUUCAAAAGAGUGUUGAGUAAUUUCAUUCAAACACUCGACAACCGAAAAAUAUUGUUCAUAUAUAGAAUCCAGAGUACAUUUUUAUGGGAGCAUUAUUGCGUGAAAAAGAAGGAAAUGGAAAAAAUAAACGGCAUGAACGGUGCAGAAGAGAAAAUUCUUUUUCAUGGAACAAAACCAGAUAUCAUUGAAAGUAUAUGCGCUGAAAACCUCGAUAUGCGCCUUGCAGGAUCAAAUGUUGGUGCAAUAUUGGGUCAUGGCACAUAUUUUGCAACUGCUGCCAAGAUGUCGGAUUGCUAUGCAACGCCCGAUACCAAAAGUGGUCACAGGUACAUGUUACAAUGCCGGGUUCUUGUAGGAAGGUGGACAAAGGGAGAGAAGGGUCUUAGACGUCCACCAGAAAUUACAGAGUCUGUGUCAGGUGGCUAUCGUAGGCGUUAUAACAGUUGUGUGGACAAUGUUCAGAACCCUCGCAUAUUCUGCAUAUUUGAUCACGUCCAGUACUACCCAGAGUAUGUUCUUGAGUAUGAGUAGGUGUAAUAACAGUUGUAUGAACAAUGUUCAGAACCCUCUCAUAUUCUGUAUAUUUGAUCACGUAAAGUACUACCCAGAAUAUGUUAUAAAGAAUAGUAGAUAACAUUGAAGUAAACAGCAUGAAUAGUAAAAUAUUUGUUAAGAAACGAUGUAUCUUCCAAAGUAUUAAAAAAUAAACCAUCAAAACAUUAUAUUUGAUAAUGUUGAAGAAAAGUAUUUGAUCACGUUGAAAACCUUAUAUUUUAUUAAAUACAAAUUUGAAUUAACUUUAAUCAAAAUCAUUACAUGUGUAUUUAUUAACAUUUGAAAUACAAGAUCGUGUAUAAGCUGUAUUUGUUGAACACUUGUUUAGCAGUUUUGAUCCCAAACUUAGUUUUGUUAUGUUCUAGUUUUUGUUUUCUGUACUCACUUAGUUAUACUAUAAAAAAUGUUGUGUUUUUACUUCAAUCAAUACACGAUGCCCCAGUCUUUGCCAUGUCACUCAUAGGCAUUCACAAUACCUAAUACAAUAAAUAUCAUCUUGUAUUUUUCACCCUCUCAUUGCGUCUCAAACUAUGCCAUUCUAUUUCUGUUUUAUUGACUUAUUUAAAUGUAAAAUUAUUACACAAAUAAAACCCAUCGCCUAGAGUUUUAAACGUUGAUUGCCUUUUAAUGCGAAUGACCGGUAAGGGACUUUUCAUACAACACAAUUCAUAUAUAAAAAAUCUUAUAAGACAAUUUUUCAUAUAGGUUUAUUUAACAUUCCAUUUUCGUACAAAAAAGGAACGUGAUUGUUUGAUUUAACGUCAAACGGGGCCCAGCGCACAGUAUUUACUUUCACAAAAUAAGUCUUACUAAAAAACCUUUAUAACGAGUUCGGCUGGUCCCGAUGUACAACAUGAUGCGCGAUGUAAUUUUACACUAAGAUAGCAACCUUUAUUUUGAAAGUAAUCUUGAUCUGCUACCUUUUUAUGUCGUUUCUAAAAUUAAGAUGCAUCGAGGUGUUUUGUUAAACUGUUAAGUAUUGUAUCCCUUGGUAAAUCUUUAAAAUGUUCAGAGAAUGUAUGUUUGCUCUUUGAGUCUUUGUCGAGUUGCAAUUAUGAGACACCCAUCUAUUAAACCUCCGGGUGACUUGAAGUUCAAGUGUCAACAUUCUAGGCGUAAUUUCAAACAAUCUAUUUUCAUAAAAGACUGUUUUGAGGUAAAUAUACACUAACAUUCAAUACAAAUAUGCUUGCUAUGCCUGUAAGGAACCCUUACUUGGCAUUAAAGGAUAUCAGAGUGAACUUAUUUUUCCUAAUCAAUGAUCCAUGUCUAAAUAUUGCCAAAACUGGUCAUCCUAUACAAAGUAAAACGACGUGAUACACCAAAUGAAAACAACAACUUGUGCAUAUUCCAAGAAAAAACAUUAGCCUUUCCAUCGAUCACAGGGCAGGUAUACUCUUUGAUGGGAAAAUUAUGAUAAAUUUUACAAUACGGACAAUACGCAUACACUGUUUUCUUAAUAGUUAUCACUGUAACAUAAUUUAUUUUGGCGGCAUCCUACUAAAAUAGCAAUUAGUGUUAUGUUGUUUUUUCUGCACUGCUCUGCUCCUCCAUCCUGAAUAGAUUACAUUGCCAUUUACAUGUUGUGUGAAUUCCGUUAAUAGCGUAUAUGUAACACUUUGAUAAGUCGCUGUCUAUCAAAUGUAGAAGACAAUAUAUUUAAAUUUCUUAAAAUAGUAUUUUUGUUAUGAAGGAUAUGUUAAUUUUACUUUAUAUGUCUAUAUCGCAGAUACCACUGUGUAUGUCUCCUGUCUUGUUAAUUACCAUGAUGUCAUACAUGUUUUAUCCAGGCAGAAUUAGAGUUAUGAAAUCAAGAAGAUUUGAAUUGAUCAACACAUACAAACCAGUAUAUGAGAUUGAAAAUUGCUGACUACGCUUUCCUUUGCAUUGAGGCUGUUGCAAGACAAGCAUAAAUUGUACUAAUCUAUGUAUGACUACUAACAUUGUAUCCUACCAACCUUGUCUGUUUAAACUAAUUCCGCAUUUAAAAUGAAUUUAAUCAUUUUUGGAACGAAUGUAUCUGUGUAGUUUGGAAUAUUGUUUUUGUGAUUGUAAGGUUGUGACAUGUUUUAAUUUUAUGUUAUUUUGUUUGAUGGACAUAUAAUAUACCCGUUUUACUUUCGGGCGUCAUAAAAAAACUUACUCCUCUA